UUGCUGAGGUUCAGCAGGGUUUGCAGCGGCCUUGGCAGCCGCGGUGCUUCAGUGCGGGGCGGGCGGGCACCGAGAGAGCUGCGGCCGCGAGCUGGGAGCCAGCUGCCAGCCGAGCUGCUGCUGCGGCGGCACCUGGGGCAGCCUCCAUCCUACCGACACUGUAGACGCCGCCCGGCAGCUUCUGCACCCAUUCAGGCCCAGGAAGGACCAGGCCAGACACUUUUUAUUUUGGAUGAAAGGGGCGAGUUCCGGAGGGAGCUUCCCUCCUGGUCUGGCUCGCUUUUCAGUGCGCCCCAGCUCUGGCCCAGGCUCUGGAAGAUGACUCCAGGGUCUGCCCUGUGCACUUCAGCUCCGGGAGGCAGCCGAAAGUAGUGACACUUGGUGCUGGUAACACCUGGUGGAAAAGUGAGCCGAGGUGGCGCGGAGCCCCCUUGCCCCACAAACCCGGGCGCCCGCUGCUCCUUCCACUCGGCUCCCCGUCGGCCGCAGCAUGAAGUGGCGCAGCGAUGGCCAGGAGAGGUAAGAAGCCCGUGGUAAGAACGCUGGAGGAUCUGACGCUGGACUCGGGUUAUGGUGGCGCGGCGGACUCGGUGCGCUCCUCCAACUUGUCUCUGUGCUGUUCCGACUCGCACCCGGCGUCCCCGUAUGGCGGGAGCUGCUGGCCGCCUCUAACUGACUCCAUGCACAGCCGGCACAACAGCUUUGACACCGUCAACACUGCCCUGGUGGAAGACUCCGAGGGGCUGGACUGCGCCGGCCAGCACUGUUCGCGGUUGCUGCCGGACCUCGACGAGGUCCCCUGGACCCUGCAGGAGCUGGAGGUGCUGCUGCUGCGCUCGCGGGAUCCCCGGGCAGGCCCAGUGGCACCCGGCAGCCUGCCCAAGGACGCGCUGGCGAAGCUAUCGAUGCUGGUGAGCCGGGCGCUGGUGCGCAUCGCCAAAGAGGCGCAGCGCCUGAGCCUGCGCUUCGCCAAGUGCACCAAGUACGAGAUUCAGAGCGCCAUGGAGAUCGUGCUGUCUUGGGGCCUGGCGGCGCACUGCACAGCGGCGGCGCUGGCCGCGCUGUCCCUUUACAACAUGAGCAGUGCUGGCGGGGACCGCCUGGGCCGCGGCAAGUCGGCGCGUUGCGGCCUCACCUUCUCUGUGGGCCGUGUGUAUCGCUGGAUGGUGGACAGCCGCGUGGCCCUGCGCAUCCACGAGCACGCCGCCAUCUACCUGACUGCCUGCAUGGAGAGCCUCUUCCGGGACAUCUACGCGCGGGUAGUGGCCUCCGGGCUCCCCCGGAGCUGCAGCGGCCCGGGCUCGGCCUCCAGCUCCGGCCCAGGCCCGAGCUCAGGCCCCGGUGCUGCCCCCGCGGCGGAUAAGGAGCGGGAGGCGCCCGGAGGGGGAGCGGCGAGCGGCGGCGCCUGCAGCGCAGCCAGCAGCGCCAGCGGGGGCAGUAGCUGUUGCGCCCCGCCAGCUGCGGCCGCCACCGCAGUCCCGCCGGCCGCCGCUGCAGCCAACCAUCACCAUCACCACCACACGCUCCACGAGGCGCCCAAGUUCACCGUGGAGACCCUGGAGCACACGGUCAACAACGACUCCGAGAUCUGGGGGCUUCUGCAGCCCUACCAGCACCUCAUCUGCGGCAAGAACGCCAGCGGUGACCUGGUGUCCCGCGCCAUGCAUCACCUGCAGCCCCUCAACGCCAAGCACCACGGCAACGGCACCCCCCUACACCACAAGCAGGGGGCGCUGUACUGGGAGCCCGAGGCGCUGUACACGCUUUGCUACUUCAUGCACUGCCCGCAGAUGGAGUGGGAGAACCCCAACGUGGAGCCCUCCAAGGUCAACCUGCAGGUGGAAAGGGCAGACGACUGCUUCUGCGCUUCUCGGAAGCUGGAUGCGGUGGCCAUCGAAGCCAAGUUCAAGCAGGACCUGGGUUUUCGGAUGCUGAACUGCGGGCGGACGGACCUUGUGAAACAGGCGGUGUCUCUGCUGGGUCCUGAUGGGAUCAACACCAUGAGUGAACAGGGCAUGACCCCCCUGAUGUACGCCUGCGUCCGUGGGGACGAGGCGAUGGUUCAGAUGCUGCUGGAUGCCGGAGCUGACCUGAAUGUGGAGGUUGUCAGUACUCCACAUAAAUAUCCAUCCGUCCACCCUGAGACCCGCCAUUGGACGGCUCUGACUUUUGCUGUGUUGCAUGGACAUAUUCCUGUAGUUCAGCUCCUCCUGGAUGCUGGGGCCAAAGUGGAAGGCUCGGUGGAGCACGGUGAGGAGAACUACUCAGAGACGCCACUCCAGCUGGCAGCCGCAGUAGGAAAUUUUGAGCUGGUUAGUUUGCUGUUGGAUCGUGGUGCGGAUCCCCUGAUAGGAACCAUGUACAGGAAUGGAAUUUCUACAACCCCCCAGGGGGAUAUGAACUCUUUCAGCCAGGCCGCAGCUCAUGGACACAGGAAUGUGUUCCGCAAACUGCUCGCUCAGCCAGAGAAGGAGAAGAGCGAUAUCCUGUCCCUGGAGGAGAUUCUGGCCGAGGGCACUGACCUGGCAGAGUCAGCCCCGCCCCCCCUGUGUGCCAGCCGCAACAGCAAGGCCAAACUGAGGGCCCUGAGGGAGGCCAUGUAUCACAGCGCUGAGCAUGGCUACGUGGAUGUCACAAUUGAUAUCAGGAGCAUAGGCGUCCCGUGGACUCUGCACACGUGGCUGGAGUCUCUGCGGAUCGCCUUCCAGCAGCACCGCAGGCCUCUCAUCCAGUGCUUGCUGAAGGAGUUCAAGACCAUUCAGGAGGAAGAGUACACGGAGGAGCUGGUGACCCAAGGCCUACCCCUGAUGUUUGAGAUCCUGAAAGCCAGCAAGAAUGAAGUGAUCAGCCAGCAGCUCUGUGUCAUCUUCACCCACUGCUACGGGCCAUACCCCAUCCCCAAGCUGACGGAGAUCAAACGGAAGCAGACCUCGCGCUUGGAUCCUCAUUUUCUUAACAAUAAAGAAAUGUCUGAUGUCACCUUCCUGGUAGAAGGAAGACCAUUUUAUGCUCACAAAGUGCUGCUGUUCACAGCCUCCCCAAGGUUCAAAGCGCUCCUCUCCAGCAAGCCGGCCAACGACAGCCCCUGCAUCGAGAUCGGCUACGUCAAGUACCCCAUCUUCCAGUUGGUCAUGCAGUAUCUCUACUACGGAGGCCCAGAGUCACUUCUCAUUAAAAACAACGAGAUCAUGGAGCUUCUGUCUGCCGCGAAGUUUUUCCAGCUGGAGGCUCUGCAGCGGCACUGCGAGAUCAUCUGUGCCAAAAGCAUCAACACCGACAACUGCGUGGACAUCUACAACCACGCCAAGUUCCUUGGAGUCACAGAGCUCUCUGCAUACUGUGAAGGCUACUUCCUCAAAAACAUGAUGGUCCUCAUCGAAAAUGAAGCAUUCAAGCAGCUCCUAUAUGACAAAAAUGGCGAAGGAACGGGCCAGGAUGUGCUCCAGGACUUGCAGAGGACGUUGGCCAUCAGGAUUCAGUCCAUCCACUUGUCGUCUUCCAAAGGUUCCAUCGUAUGAACCCCCAGCAGAGCGAGGGCUUCCCGGGUCCUUUCCGAUUCUCCUGCUGCAAAGGCUUCCCACGGACACGUCCCAAUUCCACCUGGCGUCUGUUUUUGGCUGAGCCAAGGAGCUGCCCCAACUGCCAGCUUCUCUUGAACAAGCAAACUCGGCUCCCACGCGCUCCAGUUGAAACCCAGAGACGUUCCCUGGCGGGCAGAUCCAACCGCGGCGGGGUCCAGAGCUUGAAGGUCACCAUGGGGCGGCCAAGCCAACUCCAACCUGGAGACCGCUGUCAAAUGAAUGGAUUGAGGCCGAAAAGCCUUUGGGGUUCUGACUGACAGCUGGAGGACCUACUAAUGGUACCAAUUCCGACGAGCCUGGUAUUAGAUGUUCAAGACCUGGGUAGCCGCAUCUGGGCGGCUGUCAAUCAUGGUAGCUAAUCGGUGAGGCUGUUACCCAUAAUGAGGAAAUCAUCUGGCCAGUUUUUAGGGGCGGGAACUUUUUUAAAAUGUUCAUAAUAUAACAAAAACAGGGCAGUCUUGUCGUUUCAAAUAUAUUUCUAAAAGCUUAACAGUUCAUUUUUAACUGAAUUGUGUUUAGGGAAUCUAUGUUUCAAGAUUACUGUCUUCCUUUUUUUCUUAAAGCAGUGAAGUCGCAGGUCCACACUGCAUCUGACAAAUUAUUGCUGAUAUUCUACACAAGGUGAGAUCCUCUUGCCUUUGUGCUCAUGGUUACACAAAAGAGGUGCACUGCCAAUAAUUAUCUCUAAUCCAAUAGUUGAAAACAACCUGCAUGCUAAUCGUGGUUUCGGGGUGAGAAUAGAACACCCCCACAUAACAAGACAUGCAUUUGCAUGGACCCAAACCUGUACCAUGUUAUGUUUUGUGCUUCCCUUUUUCGGCAAGGUCAAAGUGUUCCACCACUUCUUGCUAAAAGUCCACUUGGUGAAACUAACAUAUCCAUUUCUUCUCCUGAUUAUGAAUGAUUCUGGGGUGCUUUUGCAAAAAUGUGUUCUUAGAUGAUGCUGGAUGGGGGGUGGGGGGAGCACGUCAGAAAAUUUAUUAAUCCCAGAGCUUUCUCUGUAUUCUCAGAAGAUGUUAAUAGUUUGUUAUAGCCAGAGAGUAUGACUAUGUUAGAUUAUUUUUAAAGACCAAACAUGUAUGAUAGAGUGGAUACUUUCUGUAUUCUGAGAGUGUACAGUAUAGGGUUAUCUAUAAUGAAAGUUUAUAUAGAAGGGUUCCGUUUGCUCUGCCAUAUAUUAUAUAUAUACGAAUAUAUAUAUAUAUAAGCAAAAGAGAUUGGUGAAGUGCCACAAUAUUCCAAAUAAUUUUUGAGUUGCGGCCUUUUUUCUCAUUCUUUGGUUGAAAAACCUAGGUACAAGCACUUAAAACUAAGAGAAGACUUUUUCCCUUUGGGAUGGCAAAGUUUUAUCAAUAAAACUAUUUCCUAGCAUGCCCUUGGGAAGUUGCGCCAGAACCUAGAUUCUAAUGGAGCCGCUGUCUGUCUUCCUGUUUGCUCCCUGAGCCUUUGAUCGGAGCACCAGUGUCAAGUCUGCUUCAGGCCACCUGUGUCUACAGCACUGGCUCCUCUGUGACACACACACACACCUAAGGCCUGUCUCCCACAUGGUCAUCUGCAGACCUCCCCAGCCCUUCCAUCCACGGAGGAAGGAAACAGCUACCGGAGGAGAAGGCCACGUCACAGAUACGCAGUGUGUGCACACCUGCUGCCUCUGCCUUCAGAGAGACGGUGGGGACAUCCCUCCGCCUCAGCUGACCCCUCUGUGAAUGUCUGCUACUAGUUCAGGGUCCCCAGGCAUUGAUCUGUACCUUGGCAACUCCCACCAGGGCUUCUGUUAGUUUGGUGUGCUUUCUCUGUCAUUAAAAGAAAUGAUUUUCCCAA